AUGGAGGCAUGGAAACACUCGAACUUCUUAUGGAAGAAUUAUAUACUGAGUGACCUUCAAGACGACCUGUACAAUAUGAAAAACGGUAUGAAAACCUCAAAAGAGUCAUGGGAUGCUUUGGAACAAAAAUAUAAAACAGAGGAUGCAGGAGCUAAAAGGUUCUUUAUUGUAAAAUUUCUUGACUUCAAGAUGAUUGAUAGUUUAAUUGUGAAUGAGGCUUUUCAAGUAGCGUCCAUAAUAGAAAAGUUGCCACCUUUGUGGAAGAACUUCAAAAACUACUUGAAGCAUAAAAGGAAGAAGAUGUUAGCUGAAGGUCUUAUUGUGAGGUUGUGUAUUGAAGAAGACAACAAAGCACCCGAGAAGCAGUCAAAAGAGAAUUCCACAAUUAGUAGAGCUAACAUUAUGGAGGAUGACUCUAACAACUCAAAGAAACAAAAGAAAAAUCCGGGCAAUUGUUGGGCCCUUAAGAAACGCAAGAAGAAGGAUCCAGCCAACAUGGAUGAAUCCAAAAAUGAAGUGGAUAAUCUAUACACCAUGCUUUCAGAAUAUAACUUGGUGGGUAAUCCUAGAGAGUGGUGGAUUGAUUUUGGUGUCACCUGCCAUGUUUAUGCCAACAAGGAGUUAUUUGAUUCGUAUGCUCAGGCUCAAGUUACUCCGCAACAACAAAGGUUGAAGGAAUGGGAAAAAUUUACUUAA